UUUUGUGCAUUUGGUGUAUGCUUCACUAAGAAGCGCAUAAUUUCUGUGAAUGUUAUUUACACGAAGUUAUUUAUCACAAGUAAAUAACGUGAAGUACAUAACGAGUAGACGUAGGCAACCAACAUAACACUACGUCUCCUCAGAAAGUUGCUGAUCUUGCUGAACCCGAGCCUGCGGAUGUCAAAUCUCGCGUUGUCAACGACGUAGCGUAUACUAGCUGCUGCCUUCGAUGUUGUUGUAAAUAUAAACUAGAAAAGAACAGCACUUCCAAUCGUACAUCUCGGUGAUGAAUGCAUCGUGAGGGCGGCUGGGUACCUCUACGACGUGCACGAUGGACUGGUUACGCAACAGCAGUCUGUUGGGGGCGGCGGGGCGCUCGGCCCCUAACACACGCGCUCUUUUUGCUACCGAUGAAGAAUGGGACCCACAGGCGUGCUACGACAGUUUCGUUCAACACUGGCAACAGGCACUCAAGAUAAUCAAACGCAAUCAGCUACUCCCUAGCCAAGAUGAUGUUCUCAGUGUUGUAAAUCAUAUGGAGCAAAUGUCAGCACUGCUGCAAUAUGAUAUCAAGAAGUUGGAUCACAUACAGAUGACUCCAAGCAAGUCAAUGGAGUACAUGCUACAGGAAAAUGUUCUAGAUAAACUGUAUGAAUGGGGUAUCAAAACUGGAAAGUAUGUGAAUGCUGUAAGAUCUGAACAGUUGAAACUCUAUGAAAUGCUGAUUUGCCAAUCAAGGCAUGUUUUGCUUGUUCACAAUGCAUUCAUGCAACCAUUGCUUAAGAUCUUGGGGUCUUGCCUUAAUGAAGUGUUUCCCAGGCAGAUGCAGAAGUUGCUGGUCAACUUAUUGUAUCAGUUGUGCAUUGUGUUGAUGCAGAAUGUUGAUCUGGUGGAUUUGUUCUUUCCACAAAGUGUCAAACAUGAAAAGUAUGAGAAAAAACCGAGGUUUAUUAUCUGUGCUCUGCUGAUACCAUUCGUCCAUGGUGAUGAUAACGUUGGUAUGCAAGCCAGGGACUCCGUUCUGCUGUGCAUGUCACUGUCGAAGAAGAACGCCAGCGUGCGUGAAUACAUUGCAGAUGUGUCCAACAUCUGUGCAUUACUAGCGUCUGGUCUUGGCGGAUUAUACUCUGAGUUACCACAUGUUCUCGACGAUAUCGUCGCGCCUGACUGGCGGCGGUUAACACCCGAUGAUGUCAACGACGUCAAGGAUUUAACAACUUUUGUUACGUCCCUUGAGUUUUCCAACAGUGUGGCGCAAAUGGCACAUGCGUCGAUCGUUGCACAGCUUCAGGAAUUUGUCCAUAUGGGCUUUUUAAUACCGAUUUUUGGCCCGGCUUUGUUGCAAGCCCGACCUGAGGAACAAAUUGCAGUCACUGUGUACCUUGAGCUAAUCCUACGAACUGUGAGUGAACCUGGUCUGCUGCGUCCAAUGUUGCGUUUUCUAUUAGGGGUUGAGUACGAUGGUCGUCGGUUGCUGGAUAUGCUCAUGGAUCGGAUUAAUGCUGAAGAUGAGCAAUUAGCACUUGUGUCCCUCGCUCUAUUUGAAACUCUGGUCGAUUUAAAUUGCGAGGAUGUUAUGCUGGAGCUGGUCUAUCAUCAUCUGCAACCAUGUAGACAUUUGAUGUUUAGCCAGCGGAAGGUGCAGUUGCCUUUGGACGCGCAUUGUGAGAGCGCUGAGAAGUUCCUAAUGCUAGCGCCGGAUUGCGGCGAGGGCGGUCAUCUUGAGAAGGGCCUAGAUGGACGCACCAUUAACUGGAAUCACUACGGCGGGCAACCGUCUUUGUAUGGUAAUUAUCAUGCGUAUCUUUGCGAUGCGCGGAAUAAAAUCAACGCAUGUAGGGCAGCUUGCUCCAAUUGGACACAUCAGUAUACUGGUUGUGAGAACACCGAUACAACAGAUGAAGGCAUGAGUUUGCCUUCUUUGGGUGAAUCCAGUGGCUAUGAGAGUUUGAAAAUUAAGUUAGACGAACCCAUCUGGCAAGUAUCGCAGCAUGCGAACGAGCAUAGCCACGUUCCGAAAUUGACGGCGGUGUGUCCAGUGGAGGGUGGAGAUGCCAGCGCGAGUGCCGGCCCAUUUUUAACGCUUCUAAUGGAGAAGUUGAAGAAUGUCUUGUCGAAUUCGUUCUAUGCCAAUCUUCACCUCACCGGACUGAUCUCCAGGUUAGCCGCGUAUUCCCAUCCGCUACUGAGAGCAUACCUUUUGGAUCAUAGUCUUGUUUUGCAACCGAAUGUGCCAUCGCUGUUUCAAGUGUUAGGUUCACUAAAACAGCAAAUCGAUGAAUUCAUGUCCCGCCAGCCAGAGCGUCUGUCGUUGACGUCUGGUGCGAAACACUUCCUGCUUGAACGUGAGACUCGACUAGUACACGCGCGCCGCACCGCCCUGGAUCGUAAUUCCUCCCCUCACGGCUCGCUGGCACCGUCUAUGUCGUCGCAUGAUGAUACUACACCUUCCACCGGAAAUUUCCAACGCAAUGGACCGAAACGACGCAGCCUCACGCAAUCUCUGUCGUCAUUGUCGAGUAUGUUUGGGCGAAGACAGAGCAGCACUUCCACUGCGGGAGGCGUCUCAUUGUCCUUAUCGCCGGGCGGUGGUGGCGUAACUAGCAUGGCUGGUGGUGAUAUGCAGAUGCAGUUGACGUCGCAAGCGUCUACAGAAGACACACGUGCUCAGUGGUAUCCAAAGUUUAAUGACGCGCAACGCGUUGCUAUGUGCGCUGUGCUGCUGGAUGAGUGGACAAAAGAAUUGGCGGCGCUGGCGCAAGAGCACGCCAUCGCCCAGUUCGCCGAGGUCCUGCUCAAGUGAGCAAGAGUAGCGAAUACGUACUCUGAAUUAUCUGUGAUCUCCUGAGGAAAAAACAAAAUCCAAACGAAACUAAAUUUUACAUUACGACAAAACAACAGUUCCAAUUAUGUACGAUAUUUUAAAUAUUGACGAUUUUUAAAUAACCAAAAUGCUUGGUGCCAAAUUUUAAUAUUCGAACUUUGUAAUUUGUUUAAGUGACCGUGCAAUUUGGUUUUGUAACCAGGAAGUUUAAUCAAGUUUUAACAAAUGACAUAUUUAUAUUAUUUAUCGAUUUUACCGAAUAGCCAUUUUGUGUAUUUGUUUCGAAGUUAAUUUGUAACUAGAGAAUCAUUUCUUUUUCUCUCUUUGUUUUGAUUUUUGUUGUACGGAUUGAACAACAUAUAUUUUUGUGCGAAUUCGAUUUGCCUUCGUUUUCGGAUUGUCACUAUUAUUUACCAAUCAUAAUUUGUAACUAUUGUUGAUAACAAAGUUUAACACGAAAUAAAUUAGAUUUAAGGUUUA